AUGGGCGACAAGAAGGUCGGUGCCUACUACGCGCCAACAGGCGGAUUGCCGCCGCAGUCGCAGCUUCUGACAGACCGCGCAAUGUUUACCGAGGCCUAUACCGUGAUCCCCAAAGGCGUGUUCAGCGACAUCGUGACCAGCUUCCUACCAUUCUGGGACAAGACACGGUUGUGGGUCAUCGCGCGCCCACUGUCUGGGUUUGCCGAGACAUUCUCGCAAUAUAUCAUGGAAGUGCAACCCGGCGGAGGCAGUGACCGUGCUGAGCUAGACAAGGCGGCCGAGGGCGUGAUCUUCGUGGUUGAGGGCGAAGUCACGAUUACAUUAGACGGCAAGUCGCACACGCUCACCGAGGGCGGCUACGCAUUCCUGCCGCCAAACAGCGGCUGGACGCUCCGCAACGCGGGGAAGGCUACUGCUCGUUUCCAUUGGGUGCGCAAGGCGUAUGAGGCUGUCGAGGGCCUUGAUGCUCCUGAGCCGCUGUUCCUGAAUGAGAAGGAUAUUCCUCCCACGCCUAUGCCGGAUACCAAUGGUGCUUGGGCUACCACCCGCUUUGUCGACCCGAGUGAUCUUCGCCACGAUAUGCAUGUCACUAUCGUGACGUUCGAGCCUGGUGGCACGAUCCCAUUUGCCGAGACCCAUGUAAUGGAGCAUGGUCUUUAUGUGCUGGAAGGGAAGGCAGUGUAUCGUCUUAACCAGGACUGGGUGGAGGUUGAGGCUGGUGACUUCAUGUGGCUGCGUGCUUUCUGUCCCCAGGCUUGCUACGCUGGUGGUCCUGGAAAGUUCCGCUAUCUCCUUUACAAGGAUGUGAAUCGUCACAUGAAGCUUUCACGCCUAUGA